UUCCUCUUUUCUCCCUCUAAAACUCUCUCUGCUACUUUCUCUCUCUAAAACUCGUCCUUCCAACUCAGUCUCGAAAAUGCGUGAGAUUCUUCAUAUUCAGGGAGGUCAAUGUGGAAACCAGAUAGGUGCGAAGUUUUGGGAGGUGGUGUGUGCGGAGCAUGGGAUCGACUCCACGGGAAGGUACCAGGGGAACAAUGACUUGCAACUCGAGCGAGUCAAUGUGUACUACAACGAGGCGAGUUGCGGGCGAUUCGUCCCAAGGGCGGUGCUGAUGGAUCUGGAGCCAGGGACCAUGGACAGUGUCAGAUCUGGUCCCUAUGGACAAAUUUUCCGGCCAGAUAACUUCGUCUUCGGACAGUCCGGUGCCGGAAACAACUGGGCCAAGGGUCAUUACACUGAGGGGGCUGAGUUGAUUGACUCGGUCCUUGAUGUUGUGAGGAAGGAGGCAGAGAACUGUGACUGCCUUCAAGGUUUUCAGGUUUGCCACUCCCUGGGUGGUGGAACUGGUUCUGGAAUGGGAACGCUUUUAAUUUCUAAGAUCAGGGAAGAAUACCCUGAUCGAAUGAUGCUCACCUUCUCUGUGUUCCCAUCCCCAAAGGUAUCUGACACUGUUGUUGAACCUUAUAACGCAACACUCUCUGUGCAUCAGCUUGUUGAGAAUGCCGAUGAAUGCAUGGUUUUGGAUAAUGAAGCUCUCUAUGAUAUCUGCUUCCGCACCCUUAAGCUCACCACUCCAAGCUUUGGAGAUCUGAACCAUCUAAUUUCAGCCACCAUGAGUGGUGUGACAUGUUGUCUUCGGUUCCCUGGUCAACUUAAUUCCGAUCUUCGCAAACUGGCUGUGAAUCUCAUUCCAUUCCCUCGUUUGCAUUUCUUUAUGGUGGGGUUUGCCCCACUCACAUCUCGUGGAUCACAGCAAUACAGGGCUCUCACUGUACCUGAGUUGACCCAACAAAUGUGGGAUGCGAAGAACAUGAUGUGUGCAGCUGAUCCUCGCCAUGGUCGUUAUUUGACAGCAUCUGCUAUGUUCCGUGGUAAGAUGAGUACAAAGGAGGUUGAUGAGCAAAUGAUCAAUGUUCAGAACAAGAAUUCAUCAUACUUUGUAGAGUGGAUCCCCAACAAUGUUAAAUCUACUGUCUGUGAUAUCCCUCCAACUGGUCUCAAAAUGGCUUCGACCUUUAUUGGUAACUCUACAUCUAUUCAAGAGAUGUUCCGGAGGGUGAGUGAGCAGUUCACGGCUAUGUUCCGUAGAAAGGCUUUCUUGCAUUGGUACACAGGAGAGGGAAUGGAUGAGAUGGAGUUUACUGAGGCAGAAAGCAAUAUGAAUGACCUUGUCUCGGAGUACCAACAGUACCAAGAUGCCACUGCAGAUGACGAGGGGUACGAUUAUGAAGAUGAGGAAGAAGUUCAUGAAGAGGAUGCUUAAACAGUAGUGUUUUGGAAGGUGUUUUUGUUUUUGUUUGUUGUGAAUUGUGAUACCUGUUGUCUGUUUAACCUCAACCUGAAUACCUUUUUCGGGGUUUUGGAUUGCUUUUGGAUGGUCUGCCUUUUGUGGCUAUGGUAGUUUAGGGUUUUAUUAUUUCUGCGUGUUUUCCAGUGAU